CGACGACAGCCACUACAAAAGCCCUGAGACCUCCGCAGCGCCGUCCAUGAUCUCUGACGACGAAUCCGACGACGAGCCUGACGACGGCUUGCGCACGCCACCUCCAGUCGCCCGUGCCAUGCCGCGUGUCCGCGCGAGCACUCUCCUGUCGGGGUCAGGUUUACAACUCAGCGUCUCCCCUCGCUCCGAGCCCAUGUCGGAUUCAAACGAGGAAGCCUUGCUCGAGCCGCUGCCGCUCCCCGACCUGUCGAUACCGUUUGAGGACUCUCGAGCGAUGAAUGUCGGUCGCAUGGGCGGAUCGCGCGCGUGGUUGUCCAGGAAAAUGAUCUUCGGCACCGGUGGUCCCAUCUGGCGGUCGUCGCAAAAUGUUGCAUCUACGUCUGCGUCAUGACAAUCUGCGCAAGGGACGGCGUCUGCCGGCAACCGCGACUAACGGCAGAGUGCACAUUGCUCUCCGCUAGCACGUGCUGUUCACUUG